AUGCCCGAUUUGUGCAGCAAGGGCUGCGUCCUCUUUGCUGCAGGCGAUGGGCGGGGGAGGAGAGAAAAGGGCACAAGCGUGUAUAUAAGGCGCCCGCCCAUCUUGUGGCAAACCGAUUUUCAUUCUGGUGCACAUUUGAUCUUUAUCAUUUUCUCUGAACCAUCAUCUACAUCAUCUUUUUUUUUUCUAAUCUCGGCAACUUGUACCAGAUUCGAGCCGUCAUCCGCCUGA